AGGCUGUCAGAGAUGACUCUGGUCCUGUCCAUGAAUAGAUUCUGUGAACCCAUUGUCUCUGAAGGAGCUGCUGAAAUUGCCGGUUACCAAACGCUAUGGGAGGCUGACAGCUACAGAGGUCCAAGCCCCCCAGGGCCAGCGCAAGUUCCUUUGCAGGGAGACCAGGGAGCUGGUCCCCCACUGGCAGGAUCACAUUACAGGGGAAUUCCAAAUCCUACAACCACAUCCAAGACUGCGUACUUCAAGAGGAAGCAUGAAGAGGCCCUUCACCCCCCUCCCAGCAGCUGCGGCCAGAAAACCAUCUCCGUUUUUGAGGAGAGAGCCCACAUACUUUACAUGUCCUUGGAAAAGCUCAAAUUCAUUGAUGACCCGGAAGUGUACCUUCGGAGAUCCGUCCUCAUCAACAACCUGAUGAAGAGGAUCCACGGGGAGAUUGUCCUGCAGAACAGCUGGUGCCUCCCCACCUGCUCCCUCAGUGGCACAUCUGCCCAAGAGUGGUUCAUGGCUCAAGACUGUCCUUACCGGAAACGACCGAGGGUGGCCAGAGAGGAGUGCGACAGGUUCCACGCCUGCUGCUUUUACCAGGAAUGUGGUGGGCACUACCUGAAUCUGCCCCUCUCUCUCAACACUGGUGUUGGAAGUGCCUCAGUGGCCGCCGCGGCCUCCUCCCCCUCCCCCUCCCCUUUCUCCUCCUCUUCCUCCUCCCCCUCCUCCUCUCCUUCCUCUUCCUCCUCCCCCUCCUCCUCUCCUUCCUCUCCCUCCUCUUCCUCUCCUUCCCCUCGUCCGUUACCCAGUUGUUCCCAUCACAUGGACUUUGACUUAGGCGGUCCACCCGUUUACAAGAGCGAUGGCCAGAUACCUGCCAAUGAAAUCUUUGUCACUAACGUAAAGUCAUUUGGUGUCCAGGAAAAGGCCAAGUUCAACGAAGGGCAAGGAAGUCACGAGGCCAGCAGAGAUGGUGACCCCCUCGGCCAUGAGCCUGUGGAAAACGACCUUGAUUUUGAGUGCAAAGGCCAGUUUUAUGAUUAUUUUGAGACUGGCUAUAAUGAGAAAAACCGUGAGAGUCAGUCCUGGAAAAAGUCGGUGAGGAAAAAGCCCUCCCCAGGGACCAAGCUGUGCUGCAGUAGGGCAAGCAAAGUGUGACCGUCCUCGGCACGAAGCGCACGGCACGGUCAAUUAGCGCUCCUAAAUUUUAUUUUGAAUGGAUUUUGUAGUUUUGUACAACUGAUAAAAUUAUGCGGUGAACAUGCCGUGUGGUUUCAAUGCCUGGAGAGCAGAUUGCACAAACAUCUGUACAGUAAGCAUCAGCAAGCUACUUAUAAAUGUGAUUUUGCCAAGAAAAGUCGACUUCAUGCUUAAAAGUAUACCUUAGUUUUCUUACAAAAAAAAAGAAAAAGAAAACGUUGGUAGAUUAGACGGGGGCGUGUGACCUUGGGAGAUGCUGUCACCCCUCAGAGGAGCCUGCCGCCAGCCGAGGAAAUUCAACACGUUUGCCAAUUAGGUAGUUACUGGUAAAUGGAUCAAUACAGCCAGCAGAGGUGUGUGCUGCUUCCGUGUGGUGCAGUAUUGUUUUGUUUUCCGAAUAAAAGGCUGAAGAUGGGAAGCUGGGUAAGAUGACUGCAUGGUGCUGUGACGCAUUUCUGUGGAGCAGGAUGUGGCGUGAUGAAACAUACCUAGAAGGACAGCAGUCUACAGUCUGGAGACUUCCCUGCGAGUUCCUGGCUUGCCUAUGAUGGGUGAUGAGGUGACUAGGGAGGUGGUAUACAGGGCGAUUUUCGGUGCCUUACUUUAUCUUAGUUUUUGCCAAUGUGAAAAUUAAGGAUAAAUCAGUUACAGCAGGGAUUUAAUGAACAGGAAAAAAACACACAGGGUGGAUCCAUGUGGUUUGGAAACUUAUCUUUGAACUGUUGUGUUCAACUUUUGAUUCAACAUCUCCUUCCUUUGUUUUGUGACGCCCAGUGGCUGUGGGUCUGACAUUUUUGGAUAGGGUUGGAGGAGACAAUAGGGAAGGAAGGCUGUUAGGGACCAGCUCGAGCAGCCCAAGCUUUUCCAUGGCAACGCUCUGUUGCUGGGUCUGGGCUUUUUGGGCUUUGGGUUGUUUUGUUUUUGUGUCCAGUGAAGUUCCCUAGCCUGUGGCAUGCUCUCUACUUUAAUCUGUUUUGCAUCAUUUCACUCGUUUAGAUUAUAAAAGCAUGUGGUUUUUUUAUAUAUGACUUUUGCUGUUGAUUAAGAAGCACAAUGUUAAUAAUGACGUGGUGGUCAAUACCGUUUAUCUUAAAGAGUGUAAAGAUUUUAGGUUGCAGAACGUUAUUUUGGAGAAAUGGGACUUGCUUCGUCACCAUGCAUUUAUGGCCAGUGUUCAGUGUUCAACAGAACCUUGAAUUUGUCCAUUUGCGAGCGUGUUCAUGGCGGCGCUCUGGACCAAUCCAGCCAGCUCUUCUACCUGAAUUGUAUUUUCAUUGUCAAGGCUGAGGACUGAUCUGGUUGACCUGGGUCUUUUUAAACAAUUCUUCAAAGGAACCUAAGGCCAAAUGGAGGCAAUAAGUGAGUUCUCCCACUCUCUCCAAGAUGAGGCUUUUUUAUUGCUAUUAAUAUUAAAUAUAGAUCUCAUUCAUACAGUGUAUGAGUAGGGAUCGUCUGGGCGAUUGUCCGCAAGGACCAGUUUUUAAAACAUGUUCCUGUGUUAUGGCUGCAUAGUCUAGUAAUGUUUUGUCCUUUAUUUUCAAUAUUUGAUGUUGAAAAUUUAGAUGAUAGAUGCUUGUACACGAAUGUGUUGUAAUAAAGUGGGGUUUUCUUGAUAUAUAUUUAUUAAAAUGAUCAAAAAUCA